CGCGUGCUUGAGUGGCUCUACUCGUUUUCGCUUGCGAUUCUCUUGCUUUUCACGCUCGCGCUUGUGGUGGUGACACCCGUGGAUGUCAUCAUUCAGACCCAGGGUGCGCUGUCUCUGGGUCUCAAGCUCUUCAUUAUCAUUGGUGCCCAUGCACUCUUCUUGUUCUUGGCGCUCGUGUACUACUUCUCGCGUUUAUUCAAUACUCGCGUGCUCAUCAACCAGAUUCCGGCCAAGUCCGUGUAUCUCCCCUUGGAGCCUCAUGACUUGCCCGAACCCACCCGGGCGCACAUCACUGCCAACUUGCGUCGCUGUCUAGGCGACAUACGGGUCCGUGCAGGCCCCUUGAACAAUCCCACCGAGCGCUUUGAUUAUGCUGGCAGGGCGCCGCCGCUCUACAUCCAGCAGCGGAACGUGCGGCUCGGCUUCGCCAACGAGAUCUCGGGGCUUCCUGAGAACUGUGUGUUUCAGGAUGUCGUUAACAGCAUAGGACUCAAAAUUAAGGCCGACGGUCUUUUCGCAGGCAGUUUCACCAUCCCACGGCACUACACCUUCAGGGAAAUCAUUCUUGCAAUGGUCCAGGAAAUUGAAGACGAAGGUCAUCUCGACGACGACUUGGCCACCACUGCCCGACUUGUAGUUGCGGCAUACGAGCGCUUCAAAUUCGGCCGCGCUCCGAUUCGCCAUGCUGAUUUAACUGCAUUCUUGGCUCGUUUGGAACAGCUCAUGAAUAUC